GGCCCCGGGGUGAAGUACCGGCGCUCCCCGCGCUGCGCCCGCCCCGGCCCCGCCUCAGCCCCGCCCGCCGCGCUGGGCGGGAAACGCGACCGGGCCGCUGAGGGCCGCGCUAUGGCGGCGGAGGCGGAGGACGAGGAGCGGCUGCUGCUUGCCCAGAGGCUGAAGGCCGCGGUUCACUACACGGUUGGCUGCCUGUGUGAGGAGGUUGCGGAAGAUAAAGACGUGCAGUUCAGCAAACAAACCAUUGCAGCUAUUUCAGAGAUCACCUUCCGGCAGUGUGAGAACUUUGCAAAAGACCUCGAAAUGUUUGCCAGGCAUGCAAAACGAAGCACAGUCACUACAGAAGAUGUGAAGCUCUUGGCUAGAAGGAGCAAUUCUUUGCUAAAGUAUAUCACCCAGAAGAGUGAAGAGCUCGCAUCAAUUAACAUGGAGCAAAAGGAGAAGAAGAAAAAGAAGUCCGGUGCAGCUAAGGGAGGGAGAACAUCUGGGGAACAACAAACAGCUGUGACUGAAAGUGAAGAUUCCAACAUGGCAUAAUUUACCUUUCAAGUAAUGUCUCUGGUAAUUUUCUCUUACUACCCUGGAGGAACCAAAAUUAGCAGUAGUAAUGAAUUCUUAGGCUUCUAGGUGAAUGUGAUUAGUUGGAUUUUUUUGUUGCAAAAAUGAAAGGUCAGAACCCAGUAAAGUUUACAGCCAAAAUGCCUUAAUGGCUCACAAAAAGGUAUCUUACUGUUAUUAAAAAGAAAAUCCUUUAAAUAAAGAGUUUAAAGCAGAA